AUGGAAAAACUUUCUGUUCUUUUACUGUUUUCAGCUGUUUUAGGUUUGUAUGAUUCAAAGAUUUUACUGAUGAAUAAUUUAUGUAACCAUGAAAACAACUUUAAAUAUGAAUUUUAAUGUUUAACAUGUGAAAACGUAUUUUAUAUGACAUUUUCAAUAUAAUCUACAUCUGAUCAAAAUAAUUGAUGGGAAACUUUUUCUCUUCAGGUGUCAGCUGUGAAGAUCUCACUCCACUGGAGAAAGAAAAGUUCAGUUUAGAGAGCAGCUCAGUUACUCUGUCCAACAAUUACUCCAGAGCUGCUGCUCUUGAUGAUUAUUUCUUCUGGUAUCGACAAUAUCCAGGAACACCACCACAGUUCCUCAUCUCUCACACAUCAACAGAAACAUAUUCAGCUCCAGUGUCUGGACUGUCUGCUUCCAUGAGUGAGGAUAAAACUCAAAUGAAUCUACAGAUCUCCUCUGCUGCAGUGACUGACUCUGCUGUGUACUACUGUGCUGUGAGGCCCACAGUGACAGGAAACACCAAAACUCUCUACAAAAACUCAGGCUGACACACUGACAUGCUGCUGAAAGCUUAUACUAACAUAGUUGACUUUGUCCUUUUACCUCCACUAGAGGGCCACAUCAUCUCAUAGGUGAUGCACUAGCUCAACACUGAGUUCAGCCAUUCUGUCAAUAUGAAGUGCUGCUGAGAAGAAAAGUUUAGUCAGACUGACAGACUGAGCAACUUCAGCUGGUUCCUCCUGUUGAUUUAAUCCUUGUUGUAGAGAUGGAUCAUUGGCUGUGGAUCAUUCUGGCUGCUCUUUUCUUUGGUAAGAAAACUCAACAUGUUUCCUCUCAACACUCUUUCUACACAGUUACACAUGAACGGAUCUUUAUUUGGCUUCUGCAAAUUUACACUGAAACCUACUGAUGGUUCUCCUACAGUCUCCUGAGUUUAUUGAUCAUCUCUUCUUCUGCUUGUUUUCUUCUUCCUCAGAGUGUAAAGGAGAAGACUCAGUGACCCAGACAGAUGGAGAAAUCUUUGCUUCUGAAGGACACACAGUUACACUCAACUGUACAUUUAAGACGAGUUAUGGGACUCCCACUUUGUUCUGGUAUCGACAGGAUCUUCAGGAUUUCCCAAAGUACAUGCUGAGAUGUUACUCAGGAACAACAGAAUUUGCUCCUGAGUCUGACAAAGACAGAUUCAAUGCGACAAUAAAGGGGAAAUCAGUUAAUCUGAAGAUCCAGAACCUUCAUCCGUCUGACUCUGCUGUGUACUACUGUGCUCUGCAGCCCACAGUGACAGGAAACACCAAAACUCUCUACAAAAACCAUUGA